AUGAGUCUUGUCAACAAAGUUUUCAUACGACAUCGCGCGCGCUCUUUUGUUUGUGACGGUAGAGAUCGGGUCACAAACUGUGCUAAGGAGUCUUUUGCUCUUGUUAUUCACACGCACUCCGCGGAACAUUUUAUUCCUUCAUCAAAUGCUCUUGUUGUGGCAUCUGCGUUAGAGGUUCUUGUCGGGUCCACGGACGGUAGCGUAAAGUUGUGGAGUCUGGACCACGAGGAACCCCUGGCGGACAUGGAGGGCCACGGUCCCAAUCGCGUCUCCCGGCUGGCUUUCCAUCCGUCUGGCCGUUUCCUCGGCACCACCUGCUUUGAUCAUUCCUGGCGCCUCUGGGAUUUGGAGGUGUGCGAGGAGGUGCUCCACCAGGAAGGCCACUCCAAGGCUGUCUAUGAUAUUGCCUUCCAUCCGGACGGCUCUCUGGCGCUGACUGCGGGUCUGGACAGUUUUGGACGAGUUUGGGACCUGCGGACUGGUCGCUGUGUCAUGUUUCUUGAGGGCCAUUUGGAGGAGAUGCUGGGUGUGGACAUUGCGGCCAAUGGCUAUCACGCAGCGACCUGCAGUGCUGACAACUGCGUCCGCAUCUGGGAUCUCAGACAACAGCAGACCAUCUACCUUUUGUCUGGUUCGGACAUACUGUGUGCUUAUGUGGGCUUGUCCCUCAUCCAUCUGAUUGCGCAUGCCUGA